AUGAUAUCGCCUGGUCCCCAGAUGUUCCCGGAGAGCUCGACGGCUGGUCGCCUGCGCGCGGAGCUGGCCGUGGCUGAGGGUCUAAAGGAGUGUCGCCGCUCGCUGGACGGCCCGCAGCCGCCCCGCUCAGCACCGGAGGAGGCCCCGUCGGCGGCACCGGCAGAGGACACAGACGGCGACAGGACGGACGGUGCUGAUGACAGUACUGCUGAUCACGAACCGGAGAGCACUGGCGGCCACCUGAGGAGAACCAUCGGACGUCUGGCGCUGCGUGCCCUGAACUCUGACACCGCCCUGUACCGGGUCAUCAGUCUGGUGGAGCGACACAAGGUCACACUGCCUGGCACCGGUGGGCACUAUGAGGGCCUCAGCGCCGGUUACGCGGCGUUCUUUGACCUGGCGCUGACGUCCGACUGCCGUGAGCUGUUCACGAGGGCAGCCUCGUGUCUGCAGGAGGCGCUCAUCAUCGAGCCGAACAGCGCGGCGGGUCUGAGCGCGCUGACGGCCGCCGUGCGCCACUGGCUCUCGGUGCCGUCCGAGGCGGCGCGUCUGGCGCCGCAGCUGGCCGGCCGGCCGGGCCCGGCGGCCGUGCUGCUCAGUUCGGCUCCCCUGGGCGCGCAGCUGGCCCAGGCCGCCGGCAGACGGUGGCGCCGACUGGUGGAGCUGGCCGGCCGGCCCGCCGACCGAGAUACCGUCACCAAACUGGCGGCGCUGGCGCACCGACUGGCGCCGGCCGCAGGCGCGGCGGCCGGCUCACACGAGCACCGGCCGGACUUCCUGAUGAGUCUGCUGCACUGCCUCAGCCAGCUACAGACAAUGCUGCCCGACCUGGUACCCGCCGCAGGCGACUGUCUGCACCUGCUCACCAUACCGCCGUCGCUGGCCGUGGCCGACCUGGGCCUGCGCUGCACCUCGCCUAUCGAGCUGACCCGGCUGUCUGCGCGGGCCGGCGCGGUCCGACUGGACCUGGGCAGACUGAUGCUGGGACGUCUGUGGCCGCAGCUGGAGACGCCCGGACGGGCACCGCUCUGGGAGGAUGAUACAAUCUGGGUGGACCUGUCACCAGCGUCUGCCAGCGGUCCGGGCGGCGGAACCUCUCAUGAGACAGCGGCUGACCCGGCUCCAGCUCCGGUCCGCGGCCGGCGCCGUAGUCUGCCCGUGAGCAGUCCGUGUGCGCUGUCCCCAUCCACCACGAGAGAAACGGUCAGCCUGCCCACCUCGGCCACCGUCCCCAACCUCUCUACACCGGCAGCCAGCAAGACAGCCGACUCCGACUCACCGCGACUCGUCGACCGACUCAGAGUGGAGCUCCUGCGGCUGGCCGAUCGGUUAGCUGCUCCUGCCGCCGCGUCCACCGACCCACCGCCUCAAGAGCCGUCGGUGGCGGCUCUCGGCCACCUGGGCCAGCAGAGCGGUCUGUUGGCGGAGCUGCAGACUGUACUGUCCGGUGGUGGCGGGGGCGGCUGCCGCCUGCUGCGGGCCGCCUCUGCGGACGGCCCGCUGGCGGCACUGACGGCUGAGGGGCCCGCCCGCGCCCGGCUGGCGGUGCUGCUGCGGGCCGUCCGCUGGACCGAGGCCGCUGAGAUGGCGCUCAGUCUGCAGUUCCUACCAGAGAUGGACGGUGCCACGGACGCGGUGCUGGCUGCGCGGGUCCUCAACAGCGACGGUGAUGCCGACACGGGUUGGCGGCUGGUGCAGCACAUCAGCAGCGAGCGGCGCCGGGCGGCCGUCAUCUCCGAGAUGGCUGGCCAGUGGCCGCUGCGGCGGUGUCUGGACCUGCUGACCGGACUGGACGGACAGGAGAGCCUGCGGGAGAGGCUGCUGCUCUCAGAGGAGCUGCUGCAGCUGUGGCGUCAGUGCCGCGGGCCGCCAGUACCCUGCUGGGCCGAGCUGGAGCGACGCUGCCGCCGCCAGCCGGCGCUGCUGACAGAGCUGCUCGCUGCCGCCGGCGCCGACUGCCGACCGACGCUGUAUCACCGCUGGGGCCGACUGCACGGCGCGGAUGGUGCAGAGCUGCCGCCGCCGCCCGGCUCGUCUGACCGGCUGGCGGCUCUGCUGCGGGAGCCGGCCGCUGCGCCUGUCACCGCUGUCAAACAGCUGCUCCGCACCGCGGACCCGGCCGAAGUCGUCUCGCUGUGCGGCCGGCUGCAGUCGGUGGCAGCCCGCGCCGCGCUGCUCUCCGGACUCUGCGCCGUCCAGGGCGAGCAGCUGCCGCCGUCCCAGUUCGCCCAGCUGUACCGGCACGCGGCCGGGCUGCGCCUGCUCGGUCUGCUGGGCUCCGGCUGGCCGCACUAUCAGCAUCUGGCCGCCCGGCCCGAGCUGAUCGUCAUACAGCUCAUCUGCAACCAGCACUUUCAGACGGCCGGCCGCGCGCUGCGGCUGCUCUGGCGGCUGGGGCUCAUCACUGGCUCGGUACAGUCACCCUCCGGCGGCCGGUCUGCCUCCGCGCCGGGCCGGGCGCGGCCGCCGGACCUCCCGCACCCGGUACCGCCGCUGGACGCUGCCGUGAACGGCUGCCUGGAGCGUCUGGCGGAGCGGGCGCUGGACGUGAGCCGUCUGCCGGCGCCGCCGCCGCAGCUACCACCCUCGCUGCCGCUGGCACCGCCGCCGCCGGCCGCCGCGCCGCGCCAACACUGGGCGGCGGAUCACAGCUCUAAUGGCUGCAUGCGCUGUGGGGCAGCGUUCAACGCGCGCUUCCGGCGCCACCACUGCCGCCGCUGCGGUAAACUCGUGUGCGAGCCGUGCAGCAAACACCGCGUUCAGUUGGACGGCUGUGGCCCGGCCCCGGUGCGAGUCUGCUCCGUCUGCGUGAUGGCCGUGUCGGAGCAGCCCGGCGGCGAUCAGCUGUCGCCGGAUGACGUCACACGGGCCCGGGAGCCGUGCUCUGCCGGACCGCCGGCGCUGCGGCUCACCGACAGCGCCGCGCACAACGUCCGUCAGCUGGAGCGGGUGCAGUUCGGGCACGCGCCGUCCGUCUCCACAUGCCUGCUGCUGCUGCAGCUGCACACAGAUGCGGCGGCGGGCGGCCGGCUGGUGCUGCGCGCCGCGCGCCAGCUGCUCUGGCAGCCGCCGCCGGCCGCUGCCGCCCACCCGGCGCUCACGGCCGGCCUGGCACGACAGCUCGCCCUGGCCGCCAAACUGCUGCUGGCGCGCGCCGAGCGGCCCGCGGAGGAGAUGGCCGCCUGUGACGCGCUGCUGCGCGCCGCCGACGUCAGCCGGCUGCUGGAGGAGGCCGGCUGCGGCGAGCUGUCGGCCGGCGCCGACCUCUCAGACCGCGCCGCGCUGCGCCGCCUCCAGGCCGCCAUGGUGGGCCGGGAGCUGUGGCGGCCGGCGCUCGACGUCUCCACCAAGGCCGGCCUGGACUGCGGCGCCGUCUGGGCCGCCUGGGGACUGGCCACGCUGCGCGCCGGAGAACUGGCGGCGGCGCGGCCGCGGCUGGCGCGCGCCCUGCGCCCGGCCGCCGAGCCGGACCGCCGCCACGAGGCGGUGUAUUAUCUGAGUACGUACGGCAGCGCGCGCCAGACGCUGUCACUGCUGCAGCGGCACGGCCUGUACGGCCGGGCGGCGGCGGCGGUGCGCGAGCUGACUGCGCGGCCGGAGGACUUUCACCGGGCGCUGCUGGUGCCGGCCGUGCGGCGUGGACAGUUACAGCAGCUGCUGGACGCCCUCAGGAAGGACAGCCCCUCCCUCAGAGGCUGGAAGGUGUACCUGGAGUUCAGCUGUGCGGAGCUGCAGCAGUCGGGCGCGUGGCACACACUGCUCCAACUACAGCUGGCCUGUGGGGACCUGCUGAGGGCGGCCAACACCUGCAUCCGACUCUACUGCCGACAGACCAACUACCGCUGCUACGCUCAGUCGCUGCACCAUCUGGAGGCGGCCCGGGACCGACUCAGCGAGUAUCUGAACAGAGCCGACUGGAAGGCCGCCCGCGCCCCAUCCGGACGCAUACCGCUCGUGUUGCCAUGGAAACAGGUGUCGCAGCAGCUGACUGCCGUCGAACUGCAGAUUCAGGUGACUCGUUUUCUGAGCGAGCCGCGGCACCUGAGCGAGCAGACGGCGCUCUCGGAGGAGCCGGCGCCCACUCUGCUGGCCGGGCCGGACCAGCGGCGCCGGCUGGUGGUCACACUGCUGGCGGCAACCACCAGCGUACCGGACGCCCUGUGUCUGGCACACCGGAUCGAGCGCUCGCUGGGUGUGGAACUGGGUGAACUGGUUCCGGCCGUGGCCGAGCGGCUGGUGGCGGCCGGCCGCUGCGACCAGCUGCACCAGCUGCUGCAGCUGCUCAUGGACACCACACAGCUGGGACAGCAGACGCUGCGCCGGCUGGUGGCGCUGCCGCCGGCUGGCCACCCGUGCGUGGGCCUGCUGCUCACCGCCAUCACCGAGCCCACCGUCAGGCUGGAGGCGCUGGUGCAGUGUCGCCGCUACAAGGAGGCCUACAUGCUGGCUGCCAGCCGGCGCCGGCCUGCCGAGGUGUCCGCCGUGCUGGUCGGUGCCGAGGGGGCCGGUCAGACCACUGUGGCCACCAUCUGCCGGCGCUGGCUGCAGCGACACGCGCCGCACCUGCUCGAGCAUACGGCAGAGCAGACGGCCGAGUCUCCGCUGCCGUCCAGCGUGGCGAGCUCGCCGGGCCCGGCCACAGACCUGGCGUCCGGUGGAUCACCGGCUGGUAGCUCCGCCGGAGCACCCACUCCGGCCGGGUCCGCCGCCGACGCACCGACUCCGGCCGCCGGCUGUCGCUGAGAUCGGCCGUCCUGGAUCCUUUAUUGCUGAGAAGGAUGGUUGUAUCAGUUCCGAUUCAGCGAAGGGUGUGGGGCAGACACUAGGGUCUCGCGUCACUUGUUCGGGCCGGCGACGGACAAACAGCGACCGAUUCUUGACAGUAUUGCAUUUGACACCGACCCAGUCUGUCUCCUCCCGCCGGUCAGUCGGCGUUUUGUGAGCCGCUGCCGGGGGCUGUCACAGACGCCUGGCUACGGCUGGAUCGUACGAUAGUGUCCCGUUGCUGCGGGGCUGGACAAAGCACAACGAUGGUAAUUCAGGUCGGGCAUUGGCUGUGAAUGUGCCAGUUUCUUGUAUGCGCUGUGCUUUAACGUUCAUUUAGGGAUUCAGUAGGGAACUAUGUAUCCUGUAUUCUCCAUAACCUAUGGGAAAGACUGUGUAAUCUAAAAAAUGUAUCUUGUUUAUCUAGCGUCAUUUGUUAGUAGGUCUUUCAGCUGGUUUACCCGCAUCCUCAACAGAUCAAUAUGCCUCUUUGAACUACGCAUGGCUAAGAAACUUAAAUUUGUACUCUUACAGCUAUUAUUGUACUGACGUCUUUGUCCAAAUAUGUUUUCUCAGGAGCGGCAUUAUACGAUGACAGUUGCAUCUUUCGUGCGUCCUAUUGCUGCUAAUCACACAUUGCUCGCAUAAAUAGUGGCUUUCAUCUGACUGUGUAGAUUGUACUUGAUAUGGUUCCUACGGUAUUGUACGACUGGGCUUAACACUUGGCUGUGUAUGAAUCCGGAGCGUAUUUCAUCAGUGUCAGUAGUUUUCUUGGAAACCUGUAGCUUUAAUUGCUCAGUUCGGGUGCCAGUUUGUUCGGCAAUAGUAUGUACAUGUUUUCACCUUGCAGGCCUGUGUUCGUUCCCGAAAUGUCAGUGUUUGAGGUAGAAUCCACGUUGGACGGGCCACAUGUGACAGCCGCUGUUCGGUUGACAUUGCCGAAAAAUGACAAUCCUAUGAGCGGUCGAUUGCGGAAACGCAUGCGAUUGGCCGCAAUAUGUAUCCAAAUGUGGACCAAAGCACGCAGUUAUGUGACUGUUGUGUGAUGGUAGUACUCAGCUGUGGGCAUAUUUAUACUUUCUGCUAUCAUAUUUUUGUAUAAAGUGUGUUUUGUAAGCAUUGCUGCACGUGUGGUACCAAAUAUAUAGCAAAGAGCAUCCAG